GAUUAGAUUUUAAUAAAUUGCAAAAUUAAGAAAAUUAACAAAUUUUUUUGCACAAAGGAGGUUUCAAUGGAAUAUCGAGAAUGUGCAGUGGAGAAAAAUAUAAGCCUUCUACGAACAGUUGGAGUCAUAUUCCUGAUAUGUAUAAUCCACGUAGCAACUUUGCUAUUGAAGUCAUCGAUGAUAUGAUUUUUGCCAUUGGCGGUUUUAAUGGCGUCACUACGACAUAUCAGGUGGAAUGUUAUGACGAAAAGACAAACGAAUGGUAUGAGGCAACAGAUAUGAAUAUAUGCAGAUCGGCAUUAUCCGCUUGCGUUAUUAUGGGUCUUCCAAAUGUAUACGAUUAUAUUCACAAGCAUCGAGAACGCUUAAUGGAGGAGAAGCGUCAAAAGUUACUCGCCCACGAAGUACGUCGAAGUCAGCAUCAGCAACAGCAACAGGAGCAGGAGCAAAUGAGACAAAUUUCGCAAGUUGGCCAAACAAUACCGACACCACCACCUCUACCACGGAUAAAUGAAAACGAUCAUAAUAAUAAUCGCCGACGCUAAAGCCAAAACAUCAUUAUUACGUAAAUCAAUCUAUGUAACAUCUGUCUCGUUUAAUUGACCUCCGUCAUGUAAAUUUUUGGAUUAUUGCCAGACGCAACACCAAAUGGCGAUCAAAAAAAAAAACGAGAGAUAAAACUAAGAACCGAAUAAGGGUUAAAUUAUAAAUUAUCAAUAUCAGUAUAGAGAGAUAUUUAUACACUUGCCAAUUACUACUUUUGUCUAUUCACAAAGAAAAUAUUUUCAGAUUACUCUUUACUCACUUUUGUUAAAUUAAAUUUUUUUGAUACUCCAGAUAUUUCUAUUGACUCUUUUUGCGAUAUGAUUUUACACGUGUUAUUUAGUACCAUCUCGAAUAAUUAAAGUAAUUAAGAUAAUGGAAGAAAUAAAGAAAAAUAUCCAUUGCUUUUAAAUAGAUUAAUGAUUUAUUAUCGAUUUCAUUUUACGUAAUAACACUUAAGAUGAUAAUGCAAAUUAGACUAAUUACAUUGUGCGGACAAGAUAAAUGGUAAAGUGAGGUGGUAAAAUACAGGAAAUAAAAUUUUCAAAGGUAGAUUUUGAUGCUAACAUGAAAAAUUUCACAUUUAAGAGAUGUUUAAUGGACGUUUUUCAAAUAUAAUGUCAUUUAUACAAUUGCAUGCAACAGUCCUGCUUGUAACAAGAAACAAAAUUAUUAUAAUCUGUACGAUAAUGAAUAUUUACUUAUUCUAUCACGCAAGUGAAAGUUUAUUACACUUAUACAACUGCCUUUAAUUUAAAUACUGCAAAUAAAUUAAUUUGCAAAAAAUAA